UGCUGAGAGGGGAGUGCGGGCGUGACGUCAGCGGCCGGCAGCAGAGAGGAAAGAUGGCGGCGGUGACCAGAGGCUCCUUCACUGUGUUCAGACUGCUGCUGAGUCAGCAGUACCGCCGCCGAUGUUUCCGGCUGCAGAGCUUCAGAUGUGACAGACGUGUGCAGCCGCUGACCUUCAGAUGGGACCCAACACUCCAGAUGUUGAGCAGCAGGACGCUGCACACCGCCAGCGGUGAGUCCAGACCCAAACCGUCCGCCUCCUGUUGUUGUUGUUGUUGUUGCUCACAGAGGGGCGUGUCUCUGACAACCAAUCACAUCACACCUAACAACAGGGUCGACCACACCUCCUCACUGAGGUACGUGAAGGAGGGCGAUAAGGUGUCUCAGUUCGACAGUAUCUGUGAGGUUCAGAGCGACAAGGCGUCCGUCACCAUCACCAGCCGCUACGAUGGAGUCAUCAAAAAACUCUACUACGACGUGGACGCCACGGCCUUGGUGGGAAAACCACUGGUGGACAUUGAGACAGAGUCCAGCUCAGAGGUGAUCCAGGAGGAGGACGUGGUGGAGACGCCCGCCAUGGCUCGAGAAGAACACACCCACCAGGAGAUCAAAGGUCACAAGACUCAGGCCACGCCCGCUGUCAGGCGCCUCGCCAUGGAGAACAACAUAAAGCUCAGUGAGGUGGUGGGGACGGGAAAGGACGGACGGAUCCUGAAGGAGGACAUCCUGAACUUCCUGGCGAAGCAGACGGGCGCCAUCAUCCCUCCGACCCUGUUCCAGGAGGUCCAGACCCCGCCUCCGGUCCCGCCUCCGGUCCCGCCCCCUGCUGCUGCCAAGCCUGUCGGCGCUGCGGCGCCCGUCAAACCUACACCCACCACACCCAGACCUGUCUUCACCGGGAAGGAUGUCACUGAGCCCCUGAAAGGUUUCCACAAAGCGAUGGUGAAGACGAUGACAGCGGCGCUUAAGAUUCCUCACUUCGGUUACUGUGAUGAGGUGGACCUGACCCGCCUGGUGUCUCUGAGAGCCGAGCUCAAGUCCAUCGUCGAGAGUCGAGGUGUCAAACUCAGCUUCAUGCCAUUCUUCAUCAAGGCUGCCUCCCUGGGCCUCCUUCACUUCCCCAUCCUCAACGCCUCGGUGGACGAAGGCUGCCAGAACAUCACGUACAAGGCGUCUCAUAACAUCGGCCUGGCGAUGGACACCAGUCACGGUCUGCUGGUUCCCAACGUGAAGAACGUCCAGCUGCUCAGCGUGUUUGACAUCGCUCAGGAGGUGAACCGUCUGCAGACACUCGGAGCUGCAGGUCAGCUGGGAACCAACGAUCUCAGCGGAGGAACCUUCACCCUGUCCAACAUCGGAUCAAUCGGAGGGACGUACGCCAAACCGGUCAUUCUUCCUCCUGAAGUUGCCAUCGGAGCUCUGGGAACAAUCCAGGUUCUUCCUCGGUUCGACGCCGGUGGUCAGGUGGUCCGAGCUCACAUCAUGAACGUCAGCUGGUCAGCGGAUCACCGCAUCAUCGAUGGAGCCACCAUGUGUCGGUUCUCCAACCUGUGGAAGGAGUACCUGGAGAACCCAGCCAGCAUGGUGCUGGACCUGAAAUAGACAGAGGAAUAUUUCCCAUCAGCCCCGAGGAGGACGAAGACCUUCAUCACUGCUCCAUCUCCUCUUCCUCUUCUGAUGCCUUCGCUCCCUCUCUCUGUUGGAGGCCUUCAUGUUCACUCGCUGUUGUUUCCUUGUUGCCUUUGAGCCAGGCGCCAGGAGGAGGGGGAGGGGUCAAUCACGCUGUUUUUGUGACAACCAACAACACACACACACACACACACACACACACACAGAGGAGGUCAGAGUUAAAACAAACACUGACAUAUGAUCUUCAAUGUUUCAGAGAACAGACAACAAACUGAUGAUGAUGAACUUUACUCUUCAUCACUUCACCAGAAUGACCUGCUGUGAAUCAGUGAAUCAGUGAACUGGUGAAUGGAGCUUGUUGUUGUUUGAAACCUGCUCUUCAUCCCUCAGUCACAGUUUGUCUUCCUGUGAAUCAGCUGCUCUGAGAUCAGUUUGUAGUCACUGGACUGAAACAUUAAUGGGACAGUUCACACGUUCACACGUUCACACGUUGACAUGUUCACAUGUUGUGCUGUGUGAGGCACUGAUCCACAGUCAGUGUGUUUCCUACAGCAGACGUCAGUCAGCAGUUUGGAGUCUGACAUGGAGGAUGAAGGAUGUCCUGCUGUGGGCGGAGUCAGAAACUAAAUGUGUUUUAGACUCCUUAAAAAUCAUCCUCAGUUUAAGUGUACGUUAUAUUGAGCAUAUUUUCACUGCUUCAUCUUAAUGUCACACUGAUGAUAGACGGGACAAUGAAGCUGUUUUCUCUCUCGUCACAGCCAGACUGUCCGGCAGCAGCAGACCAGCAGCUCCUGAGUUCACUCAUGUUAAAUCACUGGUUUUCUUAAUGGAGUCUGGCUGUGACGAGAGACAGAUAGAAGACUCAGACUGUUUCCAUGACGACAGAGGAAACAGAUUCUUUUAAAAUCCCUGUAAACAUGUCAGUGUGAGUGAAAUGGUCCUGCAGUGAAUGUGUCACAGUGGGACUAACACACCCAGAUCAUGUGACUCCUGCAUGUAUACAGU